AUGCUCGUGUAUUCACAGUCACGCGUCUUGCAGGCCGGAUCGGAACACGACUCUGACAUCAUCAGUAUCGCCUUCUCUCCAACAGGUGCUUAUCUAGCCAGCGGCGAUGAGGAUGGCAACGUGAUCGUCUGGAAUGUUGCUACUGGUGAUAAGAUGGCGGUCUUCCACGACGUGGGUGCCGUCGCAUCGCUGCUGUGGGCACCCUUCAACCUCCGGACGCUCUUCAUCGGCAGGACUCGAGGCUUUGGCUCAUUCAUUCCCGACAUCCUUGUUAAAGACGACGACUUCGAGAUCAAGACGGGCACCUUCAACGUGAUUAAUAGUAUGGAUCUAGACGGCGCCACACGCGUGCUUGCGCUGGCCGUGGGGCCGGAGGUUCAUCUUGCCAACGCGUCUGGUAGCUCUGGGGACUAUGUGACGACGAGGGUUCUUCCGCGCCCACAUAACCAUCCCCAUGUUCACGCCCGAGUCUAUGUACGACCUAGGACUGUUCACCUCCAACGUGGUGCCGGAAGGUUGAUCGUCUCAUACUUGGUUCAUGGUAUAGUGUGCUGGGAUGUCGAGCAAGAAACCCCCCUGUGGCAGAUCUUCCCCGACCCUUGUACGAUUGGGUAUACCGCUGUAUCGCAAGACUUCCGUCUUGUCUUUGUUUCACUGAUGGGAGGGAAGGCCGAACUAUACCAUCUCAAGGAUACGGAUCGACGACCACGUAUCAGCGUCACCUAUCAACAGGAUGGACUUGACCAUUCAACACCAGCACACGUUGCCAUUCUUCUGGAUGGCAGCGCUAUAGCUUGCGGAUCUGCCGAGGGUGUAGUCAGGGUAUGGGAUGCGAAGGGGAUGCUUCAGCAGGAACUGCGCCCUGUUGAGGGAGUCAAUACGACCCAACUGAUAGCCGCCCAGGCGACGCGGCACGUCGGAUACUUAGCCAGUGUCAUCAACUCGGAAGCGGGUACGAAACAGAACCAGAUCUUCGUCUUCACCAGCCAACAAGAUCAACGCCUCAGCGCCGUAUUCAUUCGGCAUGUCAAUAUUUUCAGUCGGCUUUACCUUCAAGAGAGCGUUGAAUCUAUGGCCGCCUUCGCGGUGCUGCAUCUCUACAUCAUCAGUGCCUGCCUAGUUGUUUUCCUCGCGAUUGUCUUCGUUCGCCAACCAUCUGUCUGGAACUGCGUUGGCCCGAUCACUUUUGCCUGGUCCUCCGUCCUUCAUCACCACAUACAAAAUGGUAUGCUGAUGGCUUUUGCGUAUGGUACGCUUGUCAGGAAAUGGUGUCUGAAAGCCUUGAGGGAUGCUUCACUGGGACUCGCAGCAAUGAUGACCGAACUGGCCAACGCAAAUGAAGCCACCUGA